CACCGGGCUCCUCCACUGGGAGGGGAGGAUCCACGGAGCUGCAGCUCGUGAUCCCCCCUUCGGUGUUGUCGUCUGUUUCCGUGGAGGUGUAGUAGUCAUGACAGACUCAAAACGCCGACCAGCACCCACCAACACCGCCACCGCCUUCUCCCGGUCGACUCAGGCGCAUUGCCGUGCUUCCCCCGUUUUCUCCGGCGCCGCUUUUGGACCCUGAGUGUCCCCGCAGUUGACCGGCGACUGCAGCAAGCAAGUAGUUAGUGCGCCCCGGUUUGCAGUGUGCUCGCUGUACCCAGAGAGCUCAGGGAAAUGUUAUCUGGGUCGACUGGAGACAACGCUGUCUGGGCCGACGUUCGCUUUGCUGCUUGAGGGAACCCAAAGUGGCCGCAAUGGAGACUUCGGGGGGGCGAUGAGGCGCUUACAUACUUGGGGAAAACUGAGGAAAGAGACGGGUGUUGUGACCUGGAGCAUCUGCCCCCCACUGCUGGAGGAUGAGGAGAACGUGUCUCUGGCAGACAUCCUGUCCCUGCGGGACAGCUGUCUGUCUGAGGAGGAGGUGUGGGCAGUGUGUGCAGAGUGCGUCCUGGCGCUGCAGAGCAUCCGACCCUCCCACCUCUUCCACACCUUGUGCAUCACACCAGACACGCUGGCCUUCAACGCCCACGGGAAUGUGUGCUUCAUGGAGCAGCUCAGCGAUGAUCCAGAAGGCUGCUUUGUCCCUCCUGAAUUCGACAACACGGGCAGCACGUUCGAGGGCCAUGUUUAUUCUUUGGGCUCUACGCUCUCUGCAGCACUGAACUUUGUCAUCGAGCCGGAGCUGGAAGCCGAGCUGGGGGAAGAAAUCCAGAAGCUGCUGGAGCAGAUGCAGGAGGAGAAGCCCGAGCACAGGCCUCUCCUGCAGGACGUCCUCUGUCUGGCUGAAGCAAGGCUGUCUCAUACCUCCCCUGCAGCUGUGUGCCGGAAACUGUCUUCUGUUGGGCGACGGGUGCUCUCCAUCGAAUCAGUAUCAACCUUUCAAGAUGGACAAGAAGGCUCCUGGGAGGCAAGAUGGCAGCAUCCCAAACCCAGAUGUCUGCUUAAAAGAACGAGCUCGGUUGAUAAUGCCAAAGACCUGUGUGCUGGCAGUUCUGUUAAAGCAAAUGGUCUGUCCAGGCAGCAGGUGUGCGGCGGCUGGGAUUUCUCUCUCUGGGCGGAGGAUAUGGACAGCUGUGAAGGAGACUGCAUGAUCUUGGCUGACGACUUGGACUGCAGGUCCCACAACAGCUCCCCGGUGAGGAGGAGAGCCCAGCAGAGGCCGAACAGGUCGAGGGGGGCUCUAAACCGCUCCUGCUCCGUCCCAGACUCCAACAACCCCCCUUGUCUGUCCCCGCCGACCCACGGAGAUAUCAGCAUACCCGUGUCCGAUCUCACGGAGAUAGGAGCGGACGAGCACUUGGGCUGCACGUCCAUGUGGAGCAGCAGCUUUCAAAGACUCGACCGGGGCCGGUCCUGUGAGUCUUACCCACACAGCAGCACUGAGGAUUGUGGGAACCAAAUGUCAAGAGGAUACGAGGACGCUGCAGAGACGUUGUGCAGCGGGGAAACACAGAUCCAAGGGUGCCAUGAGUGCGAAUCUAAGGACGGCACCCAGGAUUCGGCAUCUUCCUGCGCUUCCUGUCAGGAGCUGGAAAUGGAACAGGACCCGUCUGAGCACCAGAGCUCAUUGAACCACAGCCUCUAUAUUCCCAAUAACUACAUGACCAAAAGCAUGCUGUGCCUCAACGAAGAAUCUCAGGAUGAGUGGAUCUCUCUGAGAGAGUUACUGACUCGGUGUGGACGGAGGCUGACGGUCAAUGAGCUCUGGGCUCUGUGUUACACCUGCCUGUCCUCACUGCAGACCUACAUCGACUUUCCAGCCUAUCUGUGCCUGGACACACUGCAUGUGGGCUGCGAGGGAGAAGUGCUUUUCCUGAAACCUAAAAACAUGGGAUCCCGAGAUGCAUUUUAUCUCGCUCCAGAAUAUCAAGAGCAUGGAAUUGUGACUGAGAAGGUUUGUGUCUAUGGGGUCGCUGCUAUUCUCUGGGCUGCAACCAAGUUCAGUUUAUCACCUCAUCAAAAACUGGCCAUGCCUCGCAAACUGAAGAGACUGCUGCUGGAGAUGGCAAAGAGGACGCCCAUUGAGAGACCGACCAUCGUCAUGGCUAAAAAAAGCUGUCGUGACUACUUAUCAUGUCGAGGGACAAAUGCUGAGGCUGUGUGGAACAACCUCAUCAGCAGAGUUCACCCGCCAGCCUCAAAAUCCAGCAAUGCAGAUGACUUGAGUGCAACUGACACUCAACAAAGCUCAUGUGAUGAAGAGUCUGCACGAAACAGCGGCUUUGUGCCCUUGGCCACUGAGAGCCGACUGGCUCCUGUGACUGGCCCUGUUCCCCACAGCUAUCCAGUCAGCAAGGAACUCCGACUCCCAGAGGCCUUCACUUCCACCGCCACACACUUCACCCCCAUCAUCCUGACAAAUGAGGGGGACUCGGAGGAGGAGAGCCAAGACCGUGGGGCUGCCAUUGAAGGGACAAAAAGCAGUCAACACAUGGAGGAAAGGGGCCUCGAUUUCCCUCCACACGGUCACUCUGACUACCCAUGUCCUGCACAGACCAAACCUGAUCUACAUACUCAGGAGUUGCCUGUUCAUCAGACGGUCAUAACUACAACUUCCGGCUACAAGUUGCCAGUCAACUCUGCUUCCACUCUCCCCGACAUUUCCUGUCUUGAAGUCUCUCUUCCUCCGCCGUUAUCCGCUGACCUCGGUGGCCGUGGUGUUUUCAACAAUUACCUUUUCCGUCAGGAUCCCACAACGGGACGUCUUUCCUUAGUGCCUGUGCAGGUCAGGGCUCCCGAGUCUCUCCUCGGUUUGGAUAUAAAUCUCUCCCUCGUGCCGCAGCCUUUGCAGGGACUAAUCACAGGUCCAGAGAGCGCUGACGGCCCAUUCAUCAACUGUCUGAAUGCGCCCGUGAGGCCCGGACCCCGGGAGUGUGGCCCACCAGCAUCCUAUUUCAAUGGCAGCUCCAUCAUUUCUGACAGCCCCCUGGAGCGCGGUGUACCCAGAGCUUGCAAUGGACAAACAAAUCCAGGGACACAGGCUGAGAACCAGCCUCCUUCAGAGUCCAUCUCCCCGAAUGUCCACCCUGCCCUGCGGGAGGUGAUCGAGCUGCUCAGCGGAGAGUUUUCACUUCAUGGGCAUUUGGACAAUGGACAUGAGGACAUAGCCAUGGGCGAGUGCAUCUUCUCUCUGAAGGACUUCCAGUACCACACGUUUGCCAGUGUUGUGAAGGAGAGGUUCAGCGAUCUGUACUGGGAAGACGACCUGCUGGGUGUGCUGCACUGCCUGGUUAACUACAGCCCGUCCUCACCCGGCUCUAAUGAGCAGCCUCCAUCAAAGGCUGUGAAAAGGGCAGCCCUCACUCCACCCUUGGCAGCCACCGCCUGGGGAGGGGAGAGAGAGGUCCGCCUGCGCGGUCAUCUCGACCUGAACGGGAACGUUCACGCGCCCAGUCCUGCUGCUGUGGGUUGUUGGAUCGAGGGAACCGAGGGUACCGAGGGAACUGAGGCCCUGCCCUGUCAGGGAGGAGAGGAGGCUGCUCUCGAAGAUUUCGAUUUAAGAUCGGAGGAGAGUCAACCCUGCAUCUUUCAAGGCAUGAGCACCGACAGUUCGGAAGCGAUGGCCAUGGAGGGAGGAGAGCACGGUUCAGCGGGGGGCAGCGAUGAAAGCCCCUCUGAAGAGUUCCCGUCGGGGAGAGAGGAAGGGCGCACGGGGGCCCGCGACCAGCAGAUGAGCCCCGACUGCUCAGAGGACAUGGAGGACAGCGACUCUCUGGUGUCGGAGCUACUCGUCUCGCCCGGAUCCAGAGCGGAGGGGCCGGGCCUCAGCUCGGGCCCGGCCUGGGCCUUGGCCUUCUUUGGGGAAGAGUGCUUUGGCCCUGAGGUGAUCCAGUACGCAGUGACUCUGGGGCAGCACAUGGGAGCGCCGUGUCUGGAUGUGAAAACACUGGAACUGCAGCAGCAGCUGCUGAUCGAAACAAAGAAUCUGAAGAAGACCAGAAAUUUCUUCCAGAAGCUGAUUCAACAAGAGAGGAAAAACAAAGGUGACAACAAACUGAUGCUGUCCAAACUCAAGUCCCAGCUUGAGGAGCUCCGAUCCAAAGUGGUCUUCUUAGAUUGUGUGAAGAAAUACCUUGAGGUACUUACAAAGUACUACCGUUCCCAACACUACUCUUUCUCAUUCACUUCAACAACAACUUGGCUCUCCUAUCCUUUGAUGUCAUUUCUUGCAUUUCUGCAGAUUUUGAGUGUGGACCAGUGGGGUUUGGAGGUUUCAUUACUGCCUGCUUUGGCUGUCUGUGGACCUGGAUCUUUGGACUUCCAGUCCUCUGAGGACUCGUCUGUCCUGAGUUUUGGUACCAGCAAAGGGAAGAGCACUCUGCAAGCUGGGUCUCCUCUGGGCCUCAUGGCUCACCUCUAUGCCAGAAACGCUGCCGUGGAGGGCUUCAUCCAGCAGUUCCUGUACACCUAUCGUUUCCUCUGCACUCCCGAGGAGUUGCUGCAGUUCAUAAUGGAUAAAUUCAUCUGUGCCGCAAGACAAGGUCCAGACAUGUCGGGAGACUGUGUAAAGAUCCUCCAUCGCAGUUUGGACCUGCUCCAGUUCUGGAUAACAGACUGUAAACAGGUGGACUUCACACCAAAGUCCAGCCUUGUGGAUACGUUGGAAAACUUCCUUAAUGCUGAGGUGAUUCCUGUAGACAGCCGAGGGGAGGCCCUUCUUGCCGCUCUCCACAGCCUCCCUUGUACGACUUGGAUCCAAGGACGAGGAAGCCUGGUCAGCUUUGAGGAAGAUGAUGAUUCUAUGUGUGUGCAUUCGUCUAAUGAGGAUCUUGUGAGAAAGUGGAGGUUCUCCAGAGUGGUGGAGUCCUCUGCGUCCCUGCCCAAAGACAGGGCCUUCUCCAUCGCCGCCGCCCUGCCCGUGCCUUGCUACGGCUCCCCGGUGGACGACCUCCCCGCCGUCUGCCUGCAAAGUGAGGAGCGACUCCCCUUCGGCUGGAAUGAAAACGGCGCGCAGCACGUAACCCAGCAGCUCACCCUGCUGCAGCAGGGGAUGUUCCAAGGAUGUCAUCCGGUUCAUUUUCUCAACUCCAGAAUACAAGGAGUCGGGGACAAGGUCUGGACCCCGAACAAGAAUGUGUCUCAGCAUCUCCCGCCAGCAGAGGGCAGCAGUCCACUUGAAUGUGAGGAGACGCCAUCAGACAGCUACCUCCAGCAGCUGCUCACUUAUGCUGACAGUGUUGCUAACUGGAUCUCUGCUGAAAUAGUCAUCUGUGACUCCGUCAAGACACAAGUUGCUCUGCUGACCAAGUAUCUGUGGAUAGGAAAACACUGCUACGAAUCCAGGAACUUUGCCACCGCCAUGCAGGUCCUCGGAGGUCUGGAGAACGGGAUUGUCAGGCAAUUACCAGCUUGGAAACAUCUGUCUUCCAAGGUGUGCGAGAUCCUGGAGGAGCUACGAGCUGUGCAGGUGUUUCUGAAGAGUGACGACCUGUGUCUGAUGGGGGGAGAACACACGAGGAGGAGGCCCACCCUGCCGUCGGCCCAUAUCCUGGCCAUGCACGUCCAGCAGCUGGAGAUCGGAGCCUUCACCCUCACUACCGGAGCUUACAAGUGGACCAAGCUCAGGAGCAUAGCAAAGGUUGUGAGUCAGGUCCACGCCUUCCAGGAGGCCGUGUACCCUUACAGCCCGGACCGGGAGCUGCAGGACUACCUUCGGCGCCGCAUCGCCCGGCUCGCCCCCUCUGACAUCCACCUCUUGGCCGCCGACAAAGACGCCAGCUUCCAGCAGACCAGCGAGCGACAAGCACGGAGGAUCCAGGACAAGCUGAGGAGGGUUAAGGCCACUUUCCAAUGAGCCCCGACCCAGCGACAUCUCAGAGCCCAGAGCGAGUCACAUGUCCAAGCCCAGACUGAGGCGCCAGGCCCACGCCACGACCCGCUGAGGCCUCUGUGGUCCUGGCAGCAGAGGCUUGCGAACUGGAAAACUUUGUCUCAUGUUCACUAUCUGUCAAAGGGCCCUUAACUAAAGUCAGUGAAUCAGUUUAGACUCUCAAGCAAACUUCAUUUAUCACUCGCACUCUUAAGAUUACACAGAUAGUUUGCCUAGGUUAAUAUUAGCAAUUUCUUUCCACAAAGAGCAUUAAUUGGUGAAGUUUAUGAUUCUUUCUCGGCUCAUAUACUGACAUUUUGAAUCAUUAUUAACUGUUAAAGCCUCAUACGUGGACCGAACUUCUCAACAACUAUUGCAUGGGUUGCUGUGAAAGUUUGUAUGAAUAUUCAUUGGAGCCCCUAAGAGGUCCCCGGACUCUUCCUCUCGCGCGACAGUGAGGUUCACAUUUACGAUUUUCAGUUGGAUGUCUCGAGAACUAUCGGAUGGAUUGCCAUGAAAUUUAGAAUGGUGUCUCACACAGGAUGAAUUGUAACAACCCCGGUGAUCGUUUCGGCCACUAUUGAUUUUGACUUCGGCCGUACGUACGUUUUAAUGCUAGUUAGCAAAUAUUAGCGUGCUAACAGGCUAAACUAAGAUGGUGAACAUUAUGUAUGUAUGUGUUUGCAUUGUCAUUGUGAGCCUGUUAGCAUGCUGUCGUUAGCAUUUAGCUAGCGCGGCUGUUGACCCUUAGGGCUGGGUAAUGCUACAGAAGAACUGGUUCCUACGACACAUCGUCUGACCACAUUGGAGGGCAAAAAAACAUUAAAGCUGCCACAUUGGAACCAGAUUGAAAAGCCUGCCAUCACUGAAACGUGAAAGGCACGAUGAUUGUUUAAAUACGGGGAUAACUGAGCACACUUUCACACUGUGCCACAUUCGUAGAGUUGCUAUCGUUUAUACGCACAGAAAGUGUGAUUUGACAGUUGUGUAAAGAAUGAAAAACAGAGAUAUAGAAAGAGGAGUUCAAACCCUGGCUCCUUUUCUCAACUCUGCACACCUUGCCAAUUACUGUGUGAAGUGAGGAGUGAAUGUCGGAUUUGCAUGUUUGAGAGAGUUAUGGAAAUCAGCAGCACCCCCAAAAAAAUCUCAAAGCUGUUCAACCAUUGGACAACCAGUUCUGACAGAGAAUACAGCAGCCUUGUACCCUAAUCCUGAGGCGCUGUCCUGAACAAUGAUCUUGUCAAGGUACAGUUUCCGGACGUUCAUUAUUUCAAGAUGAUACUGUACUUAAGAGGUGCAUAUUUCUAGAUCAAAUUAUAUUUAAUCAUAUGACACAGCAAACCUGGGAAAGUGUGUCAUUCCUGCAGGGAAAUAUUGUGCACAUUUCACAGAAAGGUGACAGAUUUGGGGGUAAAUAGGGGCCCAACAGCUCAUUUUUACCCGAGGGCCCCAGCAAGUGAAUCCAGCCAUGUCAAACUGUGAAAUAUUUGAUGUUGCUGUGUGUGUGACUUGUAGGAAACGAGACAAAACAAAUCAGAAUGUAUUCGAUUUCCAGUGUUUAUUGAUCAUAUAUUUUAGUAACAUACAAAAGUGUAGUUUCUCUUAAAUAACAAAAAUGAGAUUUAUACGACUAGAUUGGUAAAUGAAUAUCUAAAUAUGAAUCCCAUUCAAACAGCACAAUGUGACGUGACAGCAUUUAUUAUCAGUAAACGUGUUGCGCAGGGCAAAAGACUAUGCGUCUGUCAUGACAACACCGUCCUGUUACAGAGAAAGUGAUGGAACGUAAUGAGAUGGCAGUGUGCAAAAUGUCAUUUGAGGAAUGAUGUUCAGUCAAUUUUUUUUAUUUUCCUUUCCUCUCUCUCUCUCUCCCCCCCCCCCCCCCCUCUCCACGGCCUUCUGCCGUGAAGCACACCGUGGACAUGGAAUAUGACGUGCCAUGAAGAUUUGCCUAAUUCAGCCACAUAAAUGAGAUUUUAUAAGCCACCUCUUGCCAAAGCGCGUUAUUGUCAGACAAUAUCCGUGAUAAAGCGUGGCCGGUUACAGCUGUCUGGAGAUGUGAGGUGUGGUGCGAGCAGCUCUCCUCAUGUUGGGAGUUAAAGCUGCAUAGUGAACUUUCAGUGUGCUUUCUGGCAUUUUUCUCCUCUUAAUUAUCACUGGACGAUUUGCCGUGGUGUGUAAUGGUUACAUUUUACUUUCAGCCAGUAUACCAAACCUGACCAGAAGGACAAUUUAUCACCGUUGCAUCAUUAUCCUUAUUGUGCUGACCUCGGCUUUUACUUCCUUAAUGUUUGGGCUUGCACAUCUGAUGAAGGGGAGUAUGUAAGUUACAUGGGCUGUGUGUCAAAUAGUCAAUAAAUGUACAGUAUUUUGUCCUAUAGUGAUAUUGUGUGUGUUUGGGGUCACACUGUUAUAAAACUCUAAUAACACAAAUCAAAACGGGCUUAUUUGUGAUUUGGGAUGGGUGGUGCUGCCUAAACUCUAACACUGAUAUAGAGCGGAUGGAAAUCCAUCGUAUUUAACCGUGUUUAACAGCUGACGUCUCUGAGGCCCCAAACUGAGUUGCUUCCUGUAUGUAAAGACUUCUGAAACCCGAUCAACUCAAAAUCAUAUUUACAUACAGUCAUGAAGUGUCAGUGGCGGAACGUAUCUGUGCACACUUACUCAGCCGUAGGUACAACUUUGAGCUGCUUGCACUUUACUUGAAUAUGUCCAUUCCAUGCCACUAUCUGUUUCAUAUCAUUCAAGAGGGCCACGUUGUACUUUUUACAUUUAUCUGACGGCUGUAUAGUUACUUAACAAAACCUGCAAGCACGUCAUAAGCGAAGCACUGCAAUAGAGUACUCUAUCAGUACAUCCUCUACAACAUGAAAAGGCUGCUUACACCUUUAUACAUUGUAAUUAUGAUGCAAUAAUAUAGUAAAUAAGAAUACAAAGCUGAUUUUAAAAGUACAAGCAAAUCAAACCUAUGCAGGAAUUUGACUUAUAAUGGAUAUUUCUGGAGGGUGGUAUUUUUACUUUAAAUAAAGGACUGACUUGACUACUGGGGUCUGCAGGAAAUGUUCAUGAAUAACCUGAAAUGGAUCCUGUGAAAACACCACAACUUCCCAAAUGUAUUGAUUUUAUUGACUAUGUGAGUUAGAUAAAAUACAACUAAUUGAU